GCUUCCCCCACCCUUCCCCUGCGCGGCCACCGCACCUCAGCGAAGCGCUCGGCCGUGUUUCUCUCGUCUCGUCUCGUGAACUCGUCUCGCUCCCUCGCAUUCGCAUCGCCGCCCCUCCCAUCGUUCAGCGCUCGUCGGACUCCGCCGCCCGCAAGGCCGCAAUUCCCCCCCUGCCCCCGGCUUUUAAUGGGCUUUCCCUCCCACCGACAUGGCCGGCGAUCCCCGCACCCGCGCCGCCGGUGACCGCCCCGCCUCCCUCUCCCUCGCCGCCGCCGCUGCAGGAGGCGGACCGAGACCCAGCCUCGGCCCCUCCAGCCUCCUGCUCCAUCUGCUCCUCCUCCACUCGCUGUUAUAGCCCCGUCAGGGUCAGGCGCCCCGCACAUGGCCGCCGUCUUCUUCCACCACGUCGUCGGCGACCUCACCGUCGGCAAGCCGGAGGUCGCGGAGCUCCACGACACCGACACGCUCGACGACGCCGCGCGCGCCAUCGCCUCCAGCCCCGAGGGCGCCGUGCCGGUCUGGCGCCCGCGGGCCACGCCCGACGACCCGCCGUCCGGGGCCAGGUUCAUCGGGAUGAUCUCCGCGCUCGACAUCGCCGCGUUCGUGGCCGCCGCGGGGGUCGGGGACCGGGCCAUGCGGGCGGUCGUCGGCGAGGUCGUGCAGCCCAACCCCGUUUUGCUCAGGGAGAUCGAUCCGGGUACCAGCCUUUCCGUCCAGUGUUUUAAAGGCGACCCAAGGCGAGCUGGGUAUGCUAGGCGACAAGGCGUGGCUGUUACCCAAGACAAGCUGGGGCUGCCUAGGCUGAUUGAUGCACUGGAGCUCAUGAGGCAUGGAGUGAAGCGCUUCCUUGUUCGCAAGAGUGGGAGCUGGAAAGGCAUUACCAAGAGGUUUUCAGUGCUUUAUAAUGGCAAAUGGCUGAAGAAUAUGGACUCAACUUCUCCAAACGCAGCCAGCAGCAGCAGACAGCUGUCCUCAUCUAUGGGUCUUGCAGACAAGUUUUGCUGCCUCUCAAGGGAAGAUGUUCUCCGGUUUCUAAUUGGAUGCCUUGGCGCUCUUGCGCCCAUUCCACUGACUCAGAUAUCUUCCCUCGGAGCCAUCAAUCCACACUAUAGUUAUGUAGAAGCAUCUGCGCCCGCCAUGGAAGCAAUUGAGAAGAUCCCUCAGGACCCAUGUGCCGUUGCUGUAGUGGAAACGAUGCCAGAUGGAACUCGUAAGAUACUAGGAGACAUAUCUACUUACAAACUGUGGAAAUGUGACUAUAUUUCAGCAGCAUGGGCGCUGGCAAACCUGUCAGCCGGGCAGUUUGUCAUUGGCGCUGAUGAGAAUGGAUCCAUGUCCAUGUCUGUCCUCCCGGAGCCUCCUGUCAGCCCAUCAUCACCAGUGGAAGAGAUCAGUCCCGGGCGCUCACCCAGGGCGAAGAAGUUCAGCAGCAGGAGUAUCGGUUUCCAGGCGAACCAGAUGUCUGCGUGGCGGAUGCGGAGCUCGUUCCACCGGGGCAGGAGCACACCGCUGACCUGCAAGAGCACGAGCACCCUCGCGGCGGUCAUGGCGCAGAUGCUGUCUCACCGGGCCACGCAUGUCUGGGUGACGGACGUGGAGUCGGAGGAGGAUGGUGUUCUCGUCGGCGUGGUGGGCUACACCGAUAUCUUCAAUGCUGCCACCCGGAGCACCUGCUCCAGCCCGACAACUUCCUGAUGGCUUGAUGCACCGCACCGUAUUGUACAGUAGACUGUACUUGGCUGAUCCGUUGGUGGUCGCCCCCAGGUGCACGCUUUGCACCGAACUGUAAACUGCACUUGGUUGGUCUGUUGGUUCGUUUGGAGAGUUUUAGAUAUUCUUGGUCUACAUAGCGCAAGACUUGGUGGUAUAUUGUUGCAUUCGUUGGACGGUUCAAAUAAGGACUGGGACUUGCCUGGGAGUCCACUCCAUUCUGCUUGCUCCCCUGCAGCUGCCAAAUGUACGUAUGGAUGUUACCUUGCUUUUUCCAUGUAUAGAGUGUAGUUGAGUUCCUGUGCAUGCUUUGAAUCUGAUGUGGUACAAAAUUCAGACUUCCA